UGUGUGUGUGUGUGUGUGUGUGUGUGUGUGUGUGUGUGUGUUCCCCCGCCGCUCACGUGAUCGGGGUGACUCGGCGCUCACGUGACCGCGCGCCAGGGCCGUGCCGGAGCCGGGCCCGCACUCGCCAUGGGCUGCUGCUACAGCAGCGAAGCUGAGGCCUCCGACCAGGUUGAUGCUGGCUGCAGGCUCCUGCCUGCAGGAUUGGCCACUCCAGAUGUGCUGCCUGAUUUCAGCCACACUUGCUGCCUUUGUGGCUGAGGGGGCUUCAGCUGGGAAAAAGCAAAAGAAUUGGGCAAAGAGGUGCCUGGCAGAGCUGAGGCUGUUCUGGGUUACACUGGGAUGCACAGGGAGCCCUCCUGGCAGGAGGAAGAGACAAAGCGGCUGCUGGAGCCCGCAGCCAGCCCACCCAACAAGGUGCUGAAUGGGGCGGAGCAGAGCUACCACAACCUCCCGUCAGCACGCACUGAUGAGCAGGCCAUGCUGUCCUCCAUCCUCGCCAAAACAGCCAUCAACAUCAUCGACGUGUCAGCCGCAGAUUCCCAGGGCAUGGAGCAGCAUGAGUACAUGGACAGAGCCAGGCAGUACAGCACACGCCUGGCCAUGCUCAGCAACAACCUGACGCACUGGAAGAAGCUCCCACUGCUGCCAUCUCUGACUAACCAACCACACCAAGUGCUCGCCAGCGAUCCUGUCCCCUUUGCAGACCUGCAGCAGGUGUCCCGGAUAGCUGCCUACGCCUCCAGUGCGCUCUCACAGAUCCGUGUCGACGCCAAAGAAGAACUGGUUGUACAGUUUGGCAUUCCCUGAAUCUGCCCCCACCACCGCUCAUUCACCGCUUUGGGUUGUUUUUAUUUGUUCCCCAUUUUUUUUCUCUUUAUAUCCCUUCUCUCCCCAUGCUGCUGCCACAGAACUUGGACAGAUACCCUGUUUCCUACUAAAUGCCAAGGCGCCCAUCAUUGGCACGUCGAGCCCACCUGCAUUGCUUGAGGCUUUCUCUUCCUCGUGGGUGGGUGUGCAUGGGGAGGAGGCUGUGUCAGCUGGACACUGCCUUGCACAGGGAUGGGCACAAAGGGAACAGCAAGCAGGUCCUUGUGGUGCUGGGUCAGCACCGUUUGCCAGGUCACCAGGAUGGGUGGGCUGGAGCCAGGAAGAUGUGAUGCUCUGCGUGGGGCCUGGUGGCUCCAACACCAUCCCUUCUCCUUUUUACAUGUUUAGACCUUUAUUUUGGUGGUUUGUUUUUGUUUUUUUUUUUUUUUUAAUUACUAUUAUUUUUUGCCACAGUAGAUAAAGCCACGUUCAUCCAAG